AUGCCGCCAAAACAACAACCCCCCAAAAAGGCUGAGCAAAAGCGCCGAGAGAAGGUCAUCGAGGACAAGACAUUUGGAAUGAAAAAUAAAAAAGGUGCACAGAACCAGAAGUAUGUGCAGCAGAUCCAGAACCAGUUGCGCAGUAAUAACGCUCGGGCCGAACAAGCAAAAGCUGCUGAAGCCAAAAAGAAGAAGGAAUUGGAGGAAAUGCGAGAUUUGAAUAAGUUGCUGCGACCUGUGGAACAAAAAGUACAACGAGAUGUCGACCCGAAAUCUGUUCUCUGCGCAUUCUUCAAGAGCGGGAUGUGUCACAAAGGCGCCAAAUGCAAAUUCAGUCACGAUCUGGCUGUUGAACAGAAGUCGCAGAAGAAGAAUCUCUAUGUGGAUAGCAGAGAUUUGAAAAAGGAAGAAGAGGAAGAUAAUAUGGAGAAUUGGGACGACAACAAGUUGAAUGAAGUAGUCAACAAGAAACAUGGCGAAGCGAAUAAAAAGCUUAACCAAACGACAAUUGUUUGCAAGUAUUUCCUCCAAGCAGUUGAAGAUAGCAAAUAUGGAUGGUUUUGGGAGUGUCCGAAUGGUGGCGACAAGUGCCACUAUAGGCAUUGUCUGCCUGAAGGAUAUGUUCUGAAAAAAGACAGAAAGAAGAUGGAGGAGCAAGAUAAGGAGAAUCAGAUUAGUCUAGAGGAGUUGAUCGAGAAAGAGAGAGCUGCAUUGCAAGGGAAGAACCUUACAAAAGUUACUUUACAAUCCUUCGUUGCGUGGAAGAAGCGAAAAUUGCGUGAGAAGAAGGAGAAAGAGGCUGAAGAAGAAAAGGCAAAGAAGGACAAGAUUAAGGCAGGGAAGGCGCUCGGUAUGAGUGGAAGAGAUCUUUUUACCUUUAAUGCAGAUGCUUGUGUCGACGACGAAGAUGCCGAAGAUGUCGAAUUCGAAAAGGAAGAGAUUGACCCAGACGAAAAAGUAUUCGAAAUUGACAAUAACUUCUUCAAAUUCGAAGGAAUGGAUGAUGAUUUGGAUGAAGGGACCGCUUUAUCGGAUGCAACUAGAGCAUCUACAGCUGAUGGAUUAGCUCAAGGAGUUGCGUCAGUAGCAAUCAAUGAAGAACUGUUCGACGUCGAUGAGGAAUUAGAAGGACUAAGUUCAGAUGAGGAUGAGCCGACCGCCUCAGGAGUAUCUGGGGUUGUUACCGUGCUUGAUCUAUUAUACGAAAGAUUCCCAAAGACUAAUGAGAAUACUAUGAUUUCCAUUGCCACUGAUACUGUUCUUGAUUGUUUGGGUGAAGCACUGAAAUCAAGUGUUCAUAAUGGUGGAACUCGCUCUGCAGCCAUGACAUCUAGAAGCAUCACGGGAACGCUGAGGAAUGCUCCUCGAUUGCUGCAAACGUUCUAUCGCACUGCUUCCCACUUCACGUACAUGCCAUCGGGAGUAAAGCCAGAGAUAGCAAACGUUGGUGGCCCUUUGGAAAAAAUGAACCUCUGCCAAGCCGUAAACAGUGCAAUGCAUGUGGCAAUGGCAUCAGAUAAAACGGCUAUGCUGUUUGGAGAAGAUGUGGCGUUUGGCGGUGUAUUUAGAUGUUCAGUUGGGCUGAAAGAUAAGUUUGGCGAGGACCGGGUGUUCAACACUCCACUCUGCGAGCAAGGUAUCGUUGGAUUUGGGAUCGGUGUUGCGGUUGGUGGAAGCACAGCGAUUGCUGAAGUUCAAUUCAGUGACUAUAUUUUCCCAGCUUAUGAUCAGUUAGUCAAUGAAGCAGCUAAGUAUCGAUAUCGCAGUGGAGAUAUGUUCAACUGCGGCGCGUUGACAGUUCGAGCUACCUAUGGAGCUGUUGGACAUGGAGGUCUAUAUCAUUCGCAGAGUCCCGAGGGAAAUUUCACACAUACGCCUGGGCUAAAGGUAGUCAUUCCACGUGGUCCCGUGCAAGCGAAGGGGCUUCUUCUCUCAUGUAUUCGUGAUCCAAAUCCCUGUAUUUUCUUCGAGCCUAAGGUUCUAUAUCGAUUAGCUGCCGAGGAUGUGCCCACUGGGUCGGAUAUCACAAUAGUCGCCUGGGCUACCCAAGUACAUGUUGCCCUGGAAGCAGCACAAAUAGCCAAGGAAAAACUGGGAGUAGAUGUUGAAGUCAUCGAUUUAGCCACCAUUAUGCCAUGGGAUGAGGAAACCGUUGUGAAAAGUGUGGAAAAGACGGGACACCUCAUAGUUACGCACGAAGCUCCUGUCACUUCCGGAUUCGGAGCUGAGAUAGCGGCUUCCAUUCAGCGCCGAUGCUUCCUGCACCUCGAAUCACCUAUCGAACGAGUUUGCGGCUUUGACACACCAUUCCCACACGUUUUCGAGCCGUUUUACUUGCCAACCAAAUGGAGAUUAAUCGAUGCUAUUAAGAAGUCUAUCAAUUAUUAG